AUGUCGAGCAGCUAUCCUCAGUGGUACUAUUUCCUCCGCAAUGAUCCUCACGGCGUGUUGCCCGAUGGAUGGUAUGUCUACGACAUGAACAUGAAUCAAACGGUGGAACAGCUCUACCAGCAGAAUCGCACUCCCAGCCCCAGCAAACGAGCACGCCAUUUGGUUCCGUUUACAGCAACGAGCGGCUAUCAAUAUGAAUUGGAUUUUCAGCGAAUGACACAGCGCAAUACGCAAAGCGGCAAAGUACGACCCAUUCAACGAACCACCAAUGGAUUACCUCCGGUUGUCGCCCCGGGUGUCACUGUUCCUCCCGUUGCUGCUGCUGCUGUACCCGCGUUUGCGGCUGCUCCUGCAUUUGCAGCUGCUGCCUUUGCGGCUGCUCCUUCUGCGGCUGCCAUUGCCGUUCCAACCGCCGUUGCCGUUCCAACACGUUCACGCCGCAGUCGAGGACGUCCUGGCGGCGAGCAUUUGACGUACACGGCACCCGAUCGUUUGCACGAAGUCCAUCUGGACGAAGCCAAAGUCUUUGACGAUGCCGACGACGAAAAGAAACAAGAUACGACCGACGAUUGUGUCAUUUGUUUGGACGCCAUUUCGACGGGUGGACGCGUGGUUUCUUUGAAGGGAUGCGGACACUUUUUUCAUUACGAUUGUAUCCACGAGGCACUCACCAAAGCGGGAACGAAAUGUCCACUCUGUUCCAAGGCCAUUCAUCAGGAAGAUCACAAGGCCCCCAAGGGAAAAUGUCCCUCGGGGACCAUGUCAAUCUCGGUAGACACCCAUCGCAAUUGUUCGGGAAACACAGGGGGGACCAUCACCAUCAACUACAACAUUCAAGGUGGUAUUCAAAAGGAGUAUCAUCAAAACCCAGGACAACCAUUUUCCGGUGCCCAUCGGACCGCCUAUUUGCCCAACAACCCGCACGGACAAGACUUGUUGGAACGUUUGAAAUACGCCUUUUUGCAUGGACACAAUUUUAUGGUCGGCACGUCGCUCACCACAGGACAAGCCAACGUUGUGACGUGGAGUAGCAUUCAUCACAAGACAUCGAUGCAUGGUGGGACUUUUGGAUAUCCCGACGAUACGUAUUUCGAUCGAUGCAACGACGAAUUGAAUUCGUUGAACGUUCCCGAUGCCACCCAGUGUCGUCAAUGGCUGCGAGAUCAUGCCUGA